AUGUCGCGGAGCUCGCAGGGCGGGCGGCCCGACAGGUCACCGCCGCCCCGCGGGGCCAGCCCCGGGUCCGCCACCGCCCCGCUGCCGCCGCCCCCGCUGCCCCUGCAGCCCCCCUUCGGCCCCGGCGGGGCCAGCCCGGGCCCCAGCGGGCCGGCAGAGCUGAAGCCGGUUCGGCGGUUCAUUCCGGAUUCGUGGAAAAACUUCUUCAAAGGGAGACGCCACCCUGGCUCCAGCUGGGAUAGCACGGCCUCCGACAUCAGGUACAUCUCGGACGGGGUCGAAUGCUCGCCGCCUGCCUCUCCCGCUCCGCUGCAACCCGGGACCAGGGCGGUGCCUGGCUCCUACACGGACCCAUUCGGGGGGUCGGGCGGGAGCUACAACUCUCGGAAGGAGGCCGAGGCCAUGCUGCCCUCCGGAGACCCCCUGGGCUCGCUGGAGCGGCGCGCCGGCACAGGGCAGACGUAUAGCGAGCGGGUGGAGGAGUACCACCAGCGGUACGCCUACAUGAAGUCCUGGGCAGGGCUGCUCAGGAUCCUCGGCGUGGCCGAGCUGCUGCUGGGCGCCGCCGUCUUCGCCUGUGUCACCGCCUACGUGCACAAGGACAACGAGUGGUACAACAUGUUCGGGUACUCGCAGCCCUACGGAUACGGGGCGGGCAGCGCCUAUGGAGGAUACUCCUACAGCGGGCCAAAAACGCCGUUCAUCCUGGUGGUGGCGGGAAUGGCGUGGAUCGUCACCAUAGUGUUGCUUGUGCUGGGCAUGUCCAUGUACUACCGAACUAUCCUCCUCGAUUCCAACUGGUGGCCUCUGACCGAGUUUGGGAUCAAUGUGGUCUUGUUCUUCCUGUACAUGUCGGCUGCCAUAGUGUACGUAAACGAUACCAACCGAGGUGGGCUCUGCUAUUACCAGUUGUUCAAGACACCGAUAAAUGCGGCUUUUUGCCGUGUGGAGGGUGGUCAGACUGCAGCAAUCAUCUUCUUGUUUGUCACGGUGAUCAUGUAUCUAAUUAGUGCGGUGGUUUCCCUAAAGUUGUGGAGGCACGAAGGGGCCAGGAGGCACAGGGAAUUAAUGGAACAGGAGAUGAAAACACAAUCCUCUUUUCCAGAAAAGAAGUAUGAAGGUGAUGACAGACCAAGGGAAGAAGUCAGUUACAGGCAGCUCAAAUCACUGGAAAGAAAACCAGAGCUACUUAAUGGUCAUAUACCUGCAGGCCACAUUCCUAAACCUAUAGUGAUGCCAGACUACUUGGCGAAAUACCCUGUAAUUCAAACAAAUGAAAUGAGAGACCGGUACAAAGCGGUAUUCAAUGAUCAGUUUGCUGAGUAUAAAGAACUGUCUAUGGAAGUUCAUGCUGUAUUAAAAAAGUUUGAUGAGCUGGAUGCAUUGCUGAAACAGCUUCCACACCAUCCUGAAAGCAUAUAUGAACAGGAAAGGAUAUCAAAAGUUCUGCAAGAAUACAAGAAGAAGAAAAACGAUCCUGCAUUUCUGGAGAAAAAGGAGCGUUGUGAAUAUCUGAAGAAUAAGCUUUCUCACAUAAAACAACGAAUUCAGGACUAUGAUAAAGUUAUGAAUUGGAAUGUAGAAACUUAGCAAUGCUUUCACUUCAUGGAUACUAUUUUCUGUUUUUAAAAUCAAUAUGCGUAUUUUAAGCUAUUUAUUCAUUCUUCGAACAGUACACUUAUGGGGAUUACUUAAUCACUGUCAUAUAUUUGGAUGUUGUGCAUUAUUGAUAGGUUCUGUAUGCAGAUCCAAUUGUAAGUGAAGUUAUGAGAUAAGUUAGGAAACCUCUGCUUACAUUCUGCUUUCAUUAGUGCAAAUCCUAGCCUCUUAAAUAUGACUACUUUAUUUGAAAAUACUUCAUUUGCAAACUUGCAAAUCCUGCCAGAGAAAGCAGUUUCCAAAUGCCUGUGGAAACUUUGCACAGACAUGCUGUUAACAAUUUUGGAUUUAUUUCUACCUGACAUCUUAAUGAUAUCAUAAAGAGCUGAGCUGUUCUUUCUGUAUGGGAUUUUAUGUACUGCCUAAUUGUAUUGAAUAAGUUGGGCAAUUCAGAAGCUAGUUUAGUAAGAAUUUUUGUAUUGUAUUUCCGAAUGCUGUGCAUUAUACCAGAAAUCAUCUUGAAUUUUGCCCAACAAGAGAGGAAAAAUAGCUUCUUAUUUAAGCUGCUGGGGAAGGGGGACUUCGGUUUGGUUUUUAUAUUGCCCUCUUCAGAGAUGAUGCAACAAAUCAGUACUUGGCCUUAAAGGUAUAGAGGUACAGAAUGAGACAUAUUAAUGUUCCAUUAGUGUUGCUGUAGGUCAGUGUGCUCUGCCUACCUUCUGGAUCAUGCUCUUAGGAGUACAUGUGUUUAAGGGCUUCAUUCUUCUUCAGCAAGUAACAGGACUUGUUGUCUAUGCAGCUGCUGUUAGUGAACUUGGCAUUCAGAGAGUAAGUCCAGCAAAAUGAAUUCUCAUUCAAAGUAUGAAUUUCUAGUAUCCUCUUUAAGGCCAGGUAAAAUGUAUUAAAAAACAUACUUUCCAGAGCAUAUUUGCAUAAAUUCUAUAUAUAUUUUUAUAUUUUCUGGGGAUAUUAUGCUGGGGAUAGGUUUGUAGGUGCAAGUAUUUUCAUAAGCCAGUAAAUUUUCUCUUUGUAUCCUUUUUCAUAUCUUUAUUUACUUUAUUAACUUUUUUUUACUUACUAAAAUUGUUAGAAGCAUUGAUAGUUUUUGUACAGUUUUCUAUGACUGCAAUUUGUCUGUUCUGAAAUAUGUUUUUAAUAUUAAAAAACCCACCAGUGUAUCCAUAUUAUUCUAUUGUUUCUAAAGACAUUUUGUUUGAAAAAGGUGCUCUGGUUACAAUUACUGCAAAUUUUUGUUAGUGAUUUGGUUUUUUCUUUGAAAGAAAUUUUUUAUCUUCUACCUUAAUUUAAAAGAACAACAUCAGGAAAUCCAGUUCAGUAUGGAAAUGGUAGUACUACCUCUGCUCUUCACUGCUGGAAAUGUAUUAACAUACCUCACUCUGACCAUUGUAGCCCUUCUGGUUUUUCAGCCCUUAUCAUUCACACUGCAAUCCUGAUGGCCACCUUCCUAUUUGUAAAAUCGACAUUCCAGUUUUAUCAGCCACUUAAUUACAAGAGCUUUAGUGGAUGAAGUAAAUAGCACAAGAUGCCAUAGGAGCACUGAUAAAAUUUGAAAAUUUGGCACUUCUUCAUUUCAAAGCCCCAGUCUCAUCUGCCUGGAUGGUGCCUCAGUAUUUUCAUCAUUCUGAGAACAGGUGACAGCCAGUGCUAUGCCUUGUUCUCUCUCUUUUUCAGUGCCUUUGUCUCUGGUUCUGAAAUUUCACAGGAGAAAGCUCUCUUUCUUAUAAAGGAGAUAGGCCAAUUUUUUAUACUUAUUGUGCUGAAUACUUGUUAAAUUGUUCUUUGUAAGAGAAUUUGAACUUGUCCAAAUCUCCACAAGCUAAAUAAAUGACCUCUCACUGUACACUCAGGUUUCUUGUUUUUUCUCAGUGAGAGUUCUGGGCAUUGCAUUAAUAACAGAAGAAGAUUAGUGCAAGUUUGAGGAUCAACCGGUGUUCAUAAAGGACUAACGAUAAUAUGACUGAUGUUUUCUUUGGAAGAUUCACAGUCUGCACACUUAAUAGGUCUUCUUUCUGUAGGACAGUGAGACCCAGCUCCAGGCUCCUUUUGACGGUGGUCUGAGUUUCAGUCUUUGAGAAACCGGCUCCUGGUCCCUCAGACAGUGUCUGCAUAGCCUGCGGAGAACCAUUGUGAUGCUUCUUUCCUGCAAAGUUUCCAACAAAUGGAUUGGGAAAAGGGAACACCAUACCUGUGCCUGGAAUGAAGAGAUCAAGUGGCAACAUCUGUAUGUGGAUUCUUGUGUUUCCCAGCAGGAUGCCACAGGUGUGGCCAAGUAGAUUUUCCAAAUGUUGGGAAAAGAUGCUGGGAGAGAAAUAUUCCCUUCUGUCCACUGUUUGGGUUUCAAACAGGAUUGAUGUAGGGCACGAGAGAAGUAAGCUACCAUCCUAAGGUACUGCAGGCCAUCCUAAGGCUGCAGCAGAGUGUUGCAACCAUUACAGCAAAUUACUUGCCCAAUCCUGUGUCUGUUACAGGCCUCAGGGCUGCUAAAGCACUUCUGGUGUGUACAAUCUGUGUGUUGGUUUUGCUUCAACCUACUAGUGGAUGACUGAAAAGGGUCUUGUCUACAAUGCUACAGCCAUGCUGGAGCAAAACUGUUAAUCUAAGAUUAGUCUAACAUGUUCAUCUCUCAGGGAAAAUGAGAUUAGUGGAAGGAUUAAUGGCCAGAAGCUAAAGCAACUUGGAGCAAGGCAGAGAUAGGAGGAAAGUGAUGGGAGAAUCCCUCAAUCUGAGUUACAUAAGAACUAUCAAGGAAAGUGGCCUCUUGAUACUCUUGAAGAAUAGAAGGCAUACUCCGGACAAAACUGAAGUUUUUAGAUGAUUAUCACCUCAAUCUCCCUGUGCAGUCCCUCGCGGCUCAGCUCUGAAUUUACAAUUUUGCAUAUAUGUGUAAACAAUGUGCUGUGUGGUCUUACCUUUGUGACUGGGUUUUUGCAGAAGGUAGUUAACACAUAAAUGAAUCACCAGGGAAUAUUGCCUUACAUCAGUGGGCUUGCUUUUAAUUACAGCCUGUCCUCAAACCCUGAGUGUAUACAACAAGAAGUUCUAUUCUUCAGUCUUCCUCUUAGAAAAUGCUUGCCUGGCUCCACAGAUCUACAAAUCAAGAUGCUCAAGAUUCUUAGCAUUUCUACAACUGUUAUAGUUUCUAAACUGGAUUUGUGUUUCUUGUCUUUGUAAGCAGUUGGAUAUCCUAGAUCAAAACAACUGUGGCAAGAUUGGCAUACUGUUUACUAAACCAUACAUUUUUUUCAGGCCAGAUAAAGCAGUGACUAACAAAUAGCCAAACAAAUACCCAAAAUUUUGACUUGUGCAAUAGCCUGACCAGCUUUUGUGACAGCAUAUUGACUACAAAUGCUCAUGGCAAUGAAAAACCUAAUUGCUUUGAAAUUGUAAAAGAAGGUAUCCAGUAUGUUACUUAUUAAUUUCAAAAUCGUUGUUCGUUGUGGGAUUUCAAGCACUUGUACAAUCAACUUUUACAAAAUUACUUUAUAUCCUGUGUUUCAGUCCAGCACUGAAAUUGUUGGUCUUGAGAAUAAAAAAUACUCCUGUUCUGAAA